UUGUUUGUUCUGGUACUUCCGGUACUUCUUCCAUGGUUUCCAUGGAGCAUGUGUGCUUGAGUGAUACGGCUGUAUUGUCACAGUCACAGUGAGUUUUGUCAUCAUCAUCUACAGAAGCUAGAGCUUAGCGACGAAGUAAAUUGAGACGAAAUGGGUGGACUACCGAUCGAAAUCGAAUUCGGAGGAGGAGCUGAGCUGCUAUUCGAGAACAAGAAGCAACACAGCGUCUUGCUACCAGACGAACAUGACAAGUGGACCAUUAGACACCUGUUACAGUGGAUCAAGUCAAAUCUCCUGAAGGGCAAAGUUGAACUUUUCCUCCAAGGGGAUUCUGUGCGACCCGGAAUAUUGGUGUUAGUCAAUGAUACCGAUUGGGAGCUUAUGGGAGGAGACCAAUACAUCAUACAGCCUAACGAUACCGUGUACUUUAUAUCUACACUUCAUGGAGGGUGAAGUGGUUAAUAAAACACCUUUUAUCAUUUUCA